AUGGCGUCUUUUCCGAGAAUCGAUUCUGUACUUGGCUUGAUGGGUCAUGCUUCGAACGACGAAGAACCGUCGUUCGCAGUCCUUGACAUACUUAGCCACGAGAUAAGCAAGGCAGUAAAGGCACAUAAACGUGCUAUAGUGGCAGGCGAGCUGCACACUAGGCAUCUCAAAAGUAUUGCAGAUGCAGCGACGCAGCUAGCCAAUACUACCAGAGAUCCGGAAGAGCAGUGGAAUGAGUAUGCUGUUAUGAUGGCCCAAGUGGCAGCCCUUCGAUGCUACAUGGAAUGGGGAUUUUUCGACAUGCUCCCCUCUCGUGGUAGUGUUCGCUACGAGCGCAUUGCGAAGGAUCUCGACGCCGAUAUGGCAGUCAUAUCCGCAGAUGUCUUCACGCCUGGUCCGACGAGAAAUGUGCGCAAAUCCUGUGUCACCUUCGCAACGCUUUGCGUCCUGGCGGCCGGAUCUUGA